AUGCUGGUGCGGCCCGGGAAGGAGAAGGGCGCGGCAGAGAGGGCAGGUGAUCUGUCCGACGUCGACCCACUUGUCGAUGCAGGCCUUGUGGAAGAGGUGGGCGCAGUUCCCGAGCUGCCGGACCUCGUCGCAGGGCUCGAGCGCGGCGAGGCAGACGGCGCAGGGUGGCGCGGCGGUGGAUCGGAGAGCGGAGAAGCGAACGACGGGGAGGCGGUGGUCUACCGUUUUGAUACAAAAGAUGAUCGCGAUAGAGUCUUACAGGGAGGGCCUUACUUUGCUUUUGGAGUUCCCAUUUUUCAGAAGAUUAUGUCAAGGUGUUUUCUCUUCCAUAAAGAUGGUCGACUUGUUCCAGCUUGGAUACAAAUCCAUGGUUUACCACCAGAUUAUUGGUCACAGAAGGUCUUGAGUAUGAUUGGUUCGGAGGUAGGCAAGCCUUUAUACACGGAUAGCUUAACACGAUCAAGGGAGCGGCUAGAGUAUGCUCGUCUUUUGGUGGAGGUUCCGGUCAUUGGGGAUAGAAUUUAUGAGGUUCCAAUCACAUUACCUACCGGAGUGCAGCUUGAUCUCAGAAUCGUUUAUGAAAUGAUGCCUGAAUAUUGUGAGACUUGUAAGAAGAUUGGUCACCGGAAAGAAGACUAUGGUUGUCUGCCUCGCACAGGGAGGGCAAGAUCUAAAUCAGCAGUUGUCCAUCCCUUAGAUCAUGAUGAGGUGGAUGCACAGGAUGUGCAUCAUGAAGAGAAGGCGAAUGCAGAGGAGUUGUCUACUAUACCGGAGGUUUCAAGUAGCAAGGAGGCAUCUUCCUCUUCAGCAGAUCAUCGGUCCCAAACAGAUAGUAGUGGCACAACUCGAUCCUCGGCGCCAUCAUCUUCGGCACCAUCAUCCUCGGCUGCAUCCGUGACACUGGGAUCGACUUCUUCAGCAUCCUCUCAGGUUGAUUCUGUGAGACAUAAAGGGAAGAGCAAGGAAGUGACUGGAAGUAGAGCGCCCCUACAAAGUGGACGAUAA